GCGAGGUGGGUGGGCGGGUAGGUGGUCGAUUAGGAGAGUUUGGUUGAUUGAUUGAUGGAUUGAUGGAUGGAUGGAUGGGAGCAGAGUGGAUGGGUGAGUUGUGUGGUCGUUGCUUUUUGUGGCGGUUGGGUUACCGUUGGGUUGGGGCUGAUAUGAGGAAUGAAUGAAGCAUGGAGGCUGGUUGAACUGUGUUUACAGCGGGUGGGGGAGGGGACAAACCAAGUUGCCAGUAACUUAAAGCCGGUGCCAGUUCGAGGUAAACUGACAACCUCUAAGGAAGUGUCUCCUGGUGUUGUUGUUUAUCGCUGAUUCCAAAAUAAAUAUGAUACUGUAAUUAUGAGAAUGAGAUCAUCACUUUCUACG